AUGGACAUCGCUGCUCUCAUUACAGUUGCACCGGGCAGCGGGGGACCAGCAACAGGAGAUACGGUGUCAUACGCCUCAGAGCGUCGCAUAACCCCGACGUGGACCGUGUCACAGUUAAAAGCUAAACUGGAGACUAUGACUGGGAUUCCACCAUCCAACCAGAAACUUAAGUUGAAGUCUCCUGGCAGAGAAGACCAAUGGGUCGAGGGAGACGAUCAAUUAGUUGGUGAAUGGGGUCUGGCAAGAGGAUGCGAGUUUGAGGUCCACGAUACCCGGCCUCCAUCAGCGCGCCCAAAUUUCACCGAUAUCUCCACAGUAGAAAAAUACGUACUCCCGACCUCAACCUACGAAAGCCUCCCGAACAGCGUCCUAUCAUGGAAAAAAAAUCAAAAGCUGGGUCGUUUCGAUCCAACAACUCCCUCCCCUGAACAAACCCUUAAGCAGCAAGUGGAGAUGGACCAACAAGAGAUUAAACAGAGAGGUAUCGAGCUCUCCAAGCGCGCCAUUAUCCUUCCCUCCGACCCGCCCCAUAUCCGCCGCGGGACCAUACGUUUCAUCGGACCUGUACCUACCAUUCCUUCUCCGCGAGUCAAAUCAUCGUCAUCAGAAACUGCAGAAACCGAAGUCAAAGGCGAAAAAGGAGAAGAAGAGGAAAGAGGAAAGGAAGGUGAUGAUGAUGUCCAAACUACCACAGAGCCAAUGGCACCAAUCUGGGUCGGUAUCGAACUUGAUGAGCCUACUGGAAAAAAUGACGGGUCCGUGGGAGGACGCCGAUAUUUCAGUUGUUUGGAGAAGAGAGGCGUGUUUGUGAAGCCGGAGAGAGUUGAGGUGGGCGAUUUCCCGCCGUUAGAUUUGGGGUUGGAGGAUGAAGAUAUGGAGGAGAUUUAG